AUGGCGGCAAAUCGCGUGUUAUCAGAAUCAGAACUGAUCGUCAGAAGAAGAUCAGAGGCAGCCCAAAAGCUCCAAGGGGAUUCUCUCCCGCCAAGUACUAUUAUACGAUUCCCUUAUAUAGGUGAGGUCGAUUUCGGUCAAUUUAAAGAUCUGACCUAUUUAAGAGAAUUAUGGUUCGGCAUGUCUGUCAUAGAGAGAACCGACUUUGAAAAUAGAUAUGGAUGGAUUGCACAGUUGGCAUAUGUUCCUAUGGUGAGCAGCAUACUCACAGCUAUGUUACACUUUUGGGACCCAUCAUAUAAUUGUUUCACCUUCGGGGCAAUUGACAUGUGUCCCAUUAUGGAAGAGUACAGGCAACUCAUCAAUACUGAACCAGGUGUAAAAAUGUACGCGCAUAAUAAGGAUAAUCAAGGGAAGAGACAAUUGGCCAGAUUUAUAGGUGUCUCGACAGCUAAUGUAACAUCGUGGGAGACCCAGGGAUCCAAGGAUAUAGAAAUAGCAUCAUUCAUCAACUUUAUCCGAGAAACACCCAAUCCUCAAAGCAAAUUGGCUAUGAUGGCUCUCUUGAUUUAUGGGGAGAUCAUGUUUCCGAAAAGUGAUGGAGUUAUUGACGAAAGGGUUGUCGUCCUGUUUAAUGAAAUAAAUCAUCGCGUGGACCCGAUUAUGCCAAUUCUAGCAGAAACAUUAAGGUCACUUACCAACUGCAGGGAAGGUAAAUCAACAAAGUUCAAUGGAUGUGCACAAUUGCUGAUCAUUUGGGCUUUGAACCAUUUCAAAUGUUCUCAAACAUUCAAAAUUCCUCGCCUAAAUUACAGACCUUGCUACUCAACAAUGAGAAAUUAUGUGACCGAAUUUGUAGGAAUCCGCUGGCCAGAACGAGGUCCGCCUAAGAAGCAUUGGAUAAGAUUCCUCUUGGGCAUCACUGAACAGGAUGUGGAAAGGUUGUGUCCCAAAAGCCGAAAUCAGUCAAUCAUUUAUGCUUGUGGAGAUAUGGCAUGGGUUCCAUUGCUAGAGCCAUGGGGGGACUGCUUAUACACCGAAUAUGUUUAG